UGCAUUACGUCUAGACUUAGAUUACAUCCCAACAUUUACUAAGAAGCCUUUUCCAAUAAUGAACAGUUCAGCUUUGUUGAUUCUCCUUAUAAACAUCUUAAUGAAAAUGCAUUUGUUGGUAUUUCAGUUGCAUCUAUUUAAUCCGCGAUAAAAUACGCGAACGCGAUCUCUUCCAUUGCUGACGUUUGCAGUCAACAACACAGCGAGAUUCAUGAAUCGUCCGGCUUGCCUACACUUUUUUCACUCCUCCCCUCACUGCAGCCGGCUACUCUCGCCUAUAUUUCAGGCAAGGCAAGCUGCAUCUCAAACAAGCCUAUUAAUUCAUUGCUCUGCGCAGCUCCGUAUGCAGCAGUCGGGCUGUUCAUUCCUCUCACGCGGUUUAGCCAUUCCUUUGCUGCUGUUUACAUCUGUUGCUUUUAAUAAAAUCUGCACGUCGCGAUGGAUUCUCCUACAAAGAUGAAUGCUACAGCUGAGGAAAUCAUGGAGGAGUUUUUAAACACGAGCGAUGCAGAAGAAUACGAGAUGAUCGAGUCUGAUGAUCAAUCGGAUCUGGAGAGUGUCGGUUCCAGCGUGGAUUUACUUGAGGAAAUGAUCGUUGUUCCUGUGCUGGACUCUGAACUUUCAGAUGCCAACAAUUUACCAGAUGAGGUCUUGCAUCCAGAGGUCACUCCACAAAAGAGGAAAAGACCUUUACCAGACGUGUUUUCAUCACCUGCCACUAUACCAGUUGUCAAAUGGAGAGGAAAGCGAAGUAGCCUGAACCGAUCCUUUCCAGAUUUCAAUUUAAACACCUUAGAAGAUAAGUGGAAAAGUGUAGAUGACCCUGAUCCUGAACCACAACAACCGGUCUUUAGACCCAUCCAAACACCUGGCCCACAGGUGGUCUGUAGCGCAUCCUGCAGACCUCUGCAAUAUUUCGAAUUAUUCUUUACUUCCUCGAUCAUUCAGAGGAUUGUAGAUAACAGUAACGCUUACGCAGCAAAGAUGUACGGAAGUGAUAAAAGUAUGUGCCGUGACAUUUCUGUGAAGGAUUUCAAGUCAUUCCUUGCAAUGGUGAUCUACAUGGGUCUGGUAAAAUGCUGUUCACUAACUGACUACUGGAAAACAUCUGACUUGUACAGACUGCCCUUUCCUGGCCGAAUCAUGUCUUUCAAGAAAUUUUAUGCUAUAUGCAAUUGUUUUCAUAUCAGUGAUCCCAAAGUAGACGUAGAGAACGACCAGAAGAAAGGAACAGAUGAAUAUGACCGUCUGUUUAGGAUCAAACCGCUGUAUGAGGACAUUAGAGAAGCCUGCAGGAGCUCCUUCCAGCCCUUUCAAAACAUCUCCAUCGAUGAAAGAAUGGUAGCAUCAAAGGCUAGAAAUGGACUCAAACAAUACAUGAAAAACAAACCAACGAAAUGGGGCUACAAACUGUAUGUACUGGCAGAUUCCAGCUCUGGCUACACGUGGGACUUCUUUGUUUAUGAAGGAAGGUCCAUUUCAAAGCAAGGAAAGGGGAUUGCCUAUGAGUCUGUGAUGGCACUGGCAGAUGAAAAGUUGUUGGGCUCUGGAUACAAGCUGUAUGUUGACAACUUUUUCACCAGCCCCGCACUCUUCAAGGAUCUUCUCAGUAAGAAUAUUUAUGCUUGCGGGACCCUUCGAGCAAACAGGAUCGGUCACACUCAAACCCCAGGUCCUCCUGGUAACAUACGCUGGUUUAGGGACGACAAACUCCUGUUCAUCGAGUGGAAAGACAGGAGAGACGUGCUGAUGUGCUCCACCUUUCAUAAAGUGUUCAAUGGCGACACAGUGAAAAGGAGGGUGAAGGGAAAAAACGGUGCUCGGACCAUUGAAGAUCUGCCGGUUCCUGCUGCAGUGUUGGACUACAAUAAGCACAUGGGUGGAGUCGAUCUGUCUGACGCGCUUAUCGGAUAUUACACAGUUCUGCAUAAAACUAGAAAGUGGUAUCGGUCCUUUUUUUACCACUUUGUGGACAUUGCUGUUGUAAACGCCUUAAUUAUACAUCAGCACGUAGCCAGGGAGAGGAACCAAAAACCAAUGACCCAGAAGCAGUUUCGAGAGGCUCUUAUCUCAGACCUGGCCCAAACAGGACCUAAAUAUCACACUGCUCGAGUGGGUUCUGAUGAAUUUCACCUGCCCAAGUACAUCAGCGGAGAUGCAACGGAAGGAAGACGCAAAUGCAGAGUGUGCAGUGCUAAAACCCCAAUCAUGUGCGUGAUGUGCGAAAUGCCACUGUGUCUUGUUGCGGCUCGUAAUUGCUUUAUUGAAUUUCAUGAAUCUGAUGAAGCUGAAACAAAGGUAAAAGCAAAGUACAAAAGACGUGUCAAAAAAGAAAAAAGAAAAUAAACAUCUACAAAAAGAUUAAGGGGGCGACCACACCAAACGCUUUUAUAGCAGUUGCAGGCGCCUCUGGAGGUACCUUGACUAUGAAGACUUUUAUACUUUAUAUUUGCCUUCAACUACUGAAAUCCAUUGAUAGAAACACAUGAAAUAUUUUCAUUACUUCAAAAAACCCAUGUUAUACUCAUUUUAAGCUGUGAAGGCUGCCAUUAUGAUUUGAUUAUUCGCAGUUGUUGUGGAAUAUUACUGCAGUUUACUGUAGUUUUCUAACGAGAAUGUGUUACUCCCCAAAAUGGCGACUUCUUAGAUGUUUCCUAAGUUUAUUAACACUAUGACAUCAUAAUUUUACAUUUGAUUUCACAUUCAUAAAGCCAAUCCCAGUGUUAAUCUAUUAAGCCAUAAACUAAAUCAAAAUGUUAAUCUGUGUUUAACUAGAGAGAAGUUGUAUGCAUGGGGGAAGGUGCAAGGGUGUGUAAAUAAUGAGAUUUUUUAUAUUUUUAGGUCAACUUUUUCUAGUACUAGUUAAAAAAACUCAAACUCUGGUUUGGAUGAGAGCAUUAUCAAGCUCAGAGGUGGAGCGACAGGGCUAGAUAUUACAGUACUUCAUGAUUAAUUUAUGAGUACGUUAACUAUGUUCAGUAUUAUUUAAU